AAUGACAAUUCUAAUGAGAUUAUGUGGGUGUGUGAACGCAUGAGUGAAUGAAUGCGGGCAUCAGACGGUGAGCCAAGUCUGCGGUUCAGCACACAGCGCCACUGUGCAGGUUGCAGCACACAUCGGUGAGCCUUCAGGCAAAGCAGCUCCAAGAAUCGAGCACCAGCCGCACUCAUGGCUCAUGAAGGAGCACACAUGGCGGAGGAAAGCGAGUGCAUGAUUGGCAGAGAGGUUGGCAAGAAGCCGGGAAGCGUGCAUGAAUCCUCCGGGAACGUUAAAGAGAUGCGCGCGGUGGUGCUGUCAGGCUUCGGGGGGCUCAACAAACUCCGCGUGACGAAGAAGCCAAUGCCCGAGCCUAAGCCUGGUGAAGUGAAGAUCCGCGUCAAAGCAUGUGGUUUAAAUUUCCUGGAUUUGAUGGUACGUCAGGGAACUAUUGACUGUCCUCCGAGGGCACCUCUUGUUCCGGGCUUCGAAUGCUGCGGAAUCGUGGAGUCCGUGGGUGAAACCACAAAGGGAUUCGAGAUAGGUGACAGAGUCAUGGCGUUUGUCAACUACAACGCCUGGGCAGAAGUUGUGUGUACUCCAAAGGAGUUUGUGUACAAAAUGCCCGACGAAAUGACUUUUGCGGAGGCCGCGGCGUUCGCUCUGAACUUUGUUGCUGCCUACAUGAUGCUCUUUGAGCUGGCCAACCUCCGAGAGGGAAUGUCAGUGCUUGUGCACUCAGCUGGAGGUGCUGUUGGCCAAGCUGUGGCUCAGCUGUGUUCCACUCUACCUAAUGUCACCGUCUUUGGCCUGGCCUCAAGUUUCAAACACGCCGCCAUCAAGGACUCUGUGACUCAUCUAUUUGACAGAAAUGCUGAUUACAUACAAGAAGUCAAAAAGAUAUCUCCAGAGGGAGUAGACAUUGUGUUGGAUUGUCUGUGUGGGGAAAACACAGGGAAAGGCCUCAGUCUGCUGAAGCCAUUGGGAACAUACAUCCUCUAUGGCGCGUCAAACAUGGUAACCGGGGAGACAAAGAGUUUCUUCAGCUUUGCAAAAUCCUGGUGGCAGGUGGAGAAAGUGAAUCCUAUUAAACUGUAUGAGGAAAACAAAGUCAUGGCAGGAUUCUCGCUCCUCAACCUGCUCUUCAAACAGGGAAGAUCCCGUCUGGUGAAAUUAGUGAUGGACAAACUUUUGUGUCUCUACGACCAAAAAAAGAUAAAGCCAGUGGUGGACUCUUUGUGGGCUCUGGAGGAGGUUAAAGAGGCCAUGCAGAGAAUUCAUGACAGAGGAAAUAUUGGAAAACUAAUUUUGGAUGUCGAGAAGUCACCUACUCCCUUGAUGGCCAGUGACAGCACUGAGACCAGUGAAGCGGGGGAAGAGGAAGAGGAGCCCGAGGGGGACAUUGACAACAAAGAGCGCAUGCCUUUUAUCCAUUAGACCUGACCUGACAGGCUAUGAGCUUCACCUUGUAGUGUCACCGUCAGAGUAGUGCCGUCUGUGUGCAUGUCAUGUACUUUUGUAAGUAUAUUCAUUUUCUUUGUUGUUACUUCAGAAUCUUUUGUGUACUCAGUCAACUAUGAGAACUGCAUGAAGGAAUGUCUGUUUUUUUUUUGUUUUUUUGUUUCACAAUUAUUUGAAACUGAGCUACAUCUAGAGAAAACAAUUACCUCAAUACACUAUGAUUGAAUAUGCAACUUGGCCCAAAGACCUGCUGUAAUCAUAGAAGAUCAAUUGUAUAACGAAAAUGUCCUUGAUGAUGACCGAUGAUAUGUCACAUUAUUUGUUACAGUAGGUGCCAAUCCUGUUUUAUUACAGGAUCACUUGUGCCUUUGAGUGCGUAAUACUUGAAACAUGUUCGGUAAUGUCAGGCUAACCGUGAAGAACCCAACA